AUGGCAUUGACUUUGACAGCUUCACCAAACACUAGUGUGAUAAAAUCACAAUUUUUACUGCUUAAGUUAUACCAUGCAAGACAUAAAACCUGUUUUCUAAGGCCAGAUAUCGGUCCAUGUAGAGCUGAUAUAAUCCAAUGGUACUAUGAUGUUAGACAGAGUGAAUGCUACCGGUUCUUUUGGGGUGGUUGUCAGGGGAACGGCAAUAGAUUCGAAACAAAGAAGCAGUGUACUGACUAUUGCUCUCUAGAUGUGGAAAACGCUCCUGAUAAAAUCCCAUAUUUCUGCUCGUUGACUUUUGACUAUGGUGACUGCUUUGGUUACUUUAAUAGAUGGGCUUGGGACUCAUUGUCUAAAACAUGCAGGCGCCAUCUAUAUUCCGGUUGUGGAGGUAACCAGAACAAUUUUCAAUCGUACCAGGAAUGCCUAGGGACAUGUCUCACAACUCCGAACAACACCCUGGGAAGAAGCCACUCAUUUACAACCUGCAUCCCAGCAAUCAAUAUUCCUGAAAUACAGUAA